AUGCUUGGAAAACCACCUGCAAGCGUGCCAGCGCUUUUCUUCCUAACUGGAUGCAUAGCUACGGCGGUUCAGGUCUACUUUGUGGAGCGAGUGAGGCGGGUGUCCGAGAAACUGUUCUUUCCCGUCAUUUGCUGGUCCAUUUCCCUCGUCCGCUUUGCCCUCGCCGUGGUCAUGAGCGCCGUUGUUUCUACAACAACUCUUCAUGACUUCGAAAUCCGUUGGGAGUGGCUAGUGACAGCAAACUGGGUUACCAGUGCGUUCGUGGACACGAUGAUAACGGUGCUACUAUUCUAUACUCUGGCAAGAAAAAGGAGGGUCGCAUUUAAGGGGACCAUCAAGCUAAUUGAUCGUCUUAUUCUGACCACGAUUGAGACUGGUUUGAUGACGAGUUUGUUGACACUCACCGCUGGAUUAUGCUUUCAGUUCAUUGAUCACUCUUUCGCUUGGCUGGGACUUUAUCUUUGCGUUGCAAGAGUUUUCACUAACUCCUUGCUGGCUACGCUCAACGCUCGGUUGACCGCGCGGCGAUUGGCAGUCAAUUUACAUUCCGUUGAUCUUGCCCAUCAGGAAAAUGAGCACGCAUUGACAUCCAACGGUACCAAGGCGCACAUGGCGAUUCCUAUGGAGUUGAUAGCAAUAGGAACCUCUAGUCAAACUCAACGACCAACUGGCGUGAUUUUCUGA